UCUAUUUUGCAACUACAUACUACAAGUAUAUAUAUGUAUACAUCUCUCUUGUUCUUUAAGCUGCAGCACAAACCAAACUUCUCAUUUCUCUCCUCCCCACACCAGCUCAACCCCAUAUUUUCCACGUCAGCUAAAUAAAGAACAUUUUUCAGUUGAUGAUCUUGUUUCAGCUCUGACAAUUAGUUCAUUUUUCAAAGUUCGAUACUUGCAUUUUGCAUUUCUUGUAAUAUAUAUAGCUGUGAAAUGGGAUUUUUCGCGAGAAAUCCCAACACAAAAAGCGGGGAUUAUUUGGAAGGAAUGCUGAAUGAUUAUGUUGGUGGAAAGACAAAAGUUAGAGCACAAAAGAGUGGCUCAGCCAGGCUUGUCACCCUUCUAACAUGCUUCCAAUUCGCUUUCGCAGUUUAUGCAACUUUCCUUCUGUAUUACAUGAGCCCUUCUGUUGAUCUCCGGACCAAACCGGACUUUUCUUGGGCUACAAGGUUCGCGCAGAAGUGGAAAAAUCACUUCAUUAUCCAGCCAUACGUUGUGAGCCGAUAUCAAGACUCGUCAAGCUCUUUGGUUCAAUCGGAAGUAUACUCACCACUCAUUCCUGCUCAAGUUUGUGAGAAUGAGAAGAUCGAUUUUGUGCAGAAGAAGUCUAGUGAUGCUGUCAUGAUUAAACUGAAAACAGGGCUUUAUGAGCAAGUGCUUGAUUUUCAGAGCAGGACUCAUGGCACAGAGACGUUAAAUGAGCUUAUGGGAAUGAAAUCUAAGUGGGAUUUGAAAGGCCCCAACAUUCCUAAGGUGACGGUGAUUUUGAAUCAUUUCAAGAGGAAAACUCUUUGUGCUCAGCUCGAAUCGUUGCUUCAUCAGACACUUCCGUUUCACCAUGUUUGGGUGCUUUCGUUUGGGAGUCCUAAUGAGCUUUCUUUGAGGAGAAUCGUGGAGAGCUACAAUGACUCGAGGAUUAGUUUCAUUAGUUCCAGCUAUGAUUUUAAGUACUAUGGGAGGUUUCAGAUGGCGCUGCAGACAGAAGGAGAUCUUGUGUAUAUUCUUGAUGAUGACAUGAUCCCGGGAACAAAAAUGUUGCAGAUUUUGUCACAUGUUGCAGGGACGGACAAGUAUAGGAAUUCGGUUUUGGGAAGCAUUGGAAGGAUAUUGCCGUUUAGGCAAAAGGACUUCACAUUUCCAAGUUACCGGAAAUUUAGAUCAAAAGAGGCAGGGCUUUAUUUGCCUGAUCCGGCUUAUGAUAUCACGGUUGAUAAGAUUGUGCAAGUUGAUUUUCUUUCUAGCUCUUGGUUCUUGUCCGCGGACCUCAUCAAGACUCUGUUCAUCGAGAAACCUAUGACAUUCAUGACUGGUGAAGAUCUGCACUUAAGCUACCAGCUUCAGAAGUACAGAAAUGCAGGUUCAUUUGUCUUACCAGUUGAUCCCAAGGAUAAGGAGACUUGGGGUGACAGCGAACAUAGGCUUGCUUAUGUAUCCGAAACCACUGUUAUUUUCAAAGACAUUGUGCAGGUCAGAGAUGAUCAGUGGUGGAAAGCCCUCUCUACAGGGUACAUAACACAAUGGGCUGCGAUGUACCCUCAAAAAAUUGAUGCGCUUUUUUAUGCACACACUGUUGAGGAAGUUAAGGUUCUUGCACCACUUCUUGAAAAGUUCAGAAGCACUGUUGGCAAAAAGGCUUAUAUUGCUAUCUCUGGGGGAAAUUUUUGCCCUUGCGCAGAGGCUGCUUCAGCCUUGGGCUGGCCACAAGUCGUAUGCAGAGAAAGAAGAUUCAAGAUUUUUGACUUGGAAGUUGGGGCACUUUCGGGGAUAUCAAACUCAGAAGUGCCUGUGGUACAAGCAGUGUAUGCCAGCAUGAAAGGAUUAAUCAAAAUGCACAAUCCAAGUGUCGUGAUCACAGUCAAUGAUAUCGAUCCUAAUGUCAUGAAAGCAUUGAAGAUGGCAACAGAGACUAAUACAAAUGGUUCUAUUUUGGUUUUAUUACCAAGGUCCUCGGUGUCAAAGGUUCUUUGGAUGGCUGAUUUGCGGGCUACAGCUUUACCAAAUUGGAACCGCAUGAGGAUCUCUGUAAAUAUAAUUACACAGAAUCGUGUUCAAUCACUAACAAGGCUACUCAAUUCACUAAGCAAUGCUUACUAUCUUGGUGAUGAGGUCCCAAUUAGCUUCAACAUGGACAGCAAAGUAGACGAGGCAACUCUAAAACAUGUGAAAUCUUUCAACUGGACACAUGGUCCGAAAACUAUAAGAAGGAGAAUCAUCCAGGGAGGGCUAAUUCGGGCAGUAAGUGAGAGUUGGUACCCCUCUUCAGACGAUGACUAUGGUCUGCUACUUGAAGAUGAUAUCGAAGUCUCUCCAUAUUACUACCUAUGGAUCAAGUAUGCACUUCUAGCCUACCAUUAUGACCCUCAAAUAUCUCUUCCAGAGCUCUCAUCGAUCUCACUAUACACUCCUCGCUUGGUUGAAGUAGUUAAAGAAAGGCCUAAGUGGAACGGAACUGAAUUCUUCAAGAAUAUCCAUCCAAACACACCAUAUCUCCACCAAUUACCCUGCAGUUGGGGUGCCGUUUUCUUUCCAAAACAAUGGAGAGAAUUUUACGUGUACAUGAACAUGAGAUUCACCGAGGAUGCCAAGCAAAAUCCAGUCCAAAUUCCCAAAUCAAGGACAAACGGUUGGCAAGCUUCAUGGAAAAAGUUUCUGAUAGAUAUGAUGUACUUAAGAGGGUACGUAACUCUCUAUCCGAAUUUCCCAAACCAAGCAAGUUUUUCAACCAAUCAUAUGGAGCCCGGAGCCCAUAUUAGCGCAAAAGACAACGUAGUUAAGCAUGAUAAGAGUGAUUUUGAGGUGCCAUUGCUAAAACAAGAUUUUAAAAACUUGUUGCCAAACGGUAAGAUGCCACCGGCUUCCAAGCUGCCCUCACUAAAUCUGUUCAACCAAGCAGUUUCACUCAAGGGACUCAAGGCUGCAGGGGCCAAACUGAGACAAGAUGUCAUUGGAUGCAAUGCCACAGAAAUAGUGCAUGUUGAUCAUGAUACAGGCCUACCUUCACAUUGUGCUAAAUUCUAGUUCUUCGAAAAAUGCUACCAUUCUUUUUGUUUCUUUUUUCCGACAUCGGUUCAUGCAUCACUUGAUCUCCUAUAGAAACAUAAAUUAAUGGACACUCUUCUGAGAGGAUGGAGGAAAGAGUUGCAGACCACAAAGGUGAGUUCUGCAGGGAUGCUCCUUAACUUGAUUCCUCCACAUAUUUGUAAAACAAGAGGAAGUAAUGAUUUUUUUAUUAUUAGUUCAUUCUUGUUUCAUUGCAGUCAAUACAAUAUCUUUUACCAUGUA